AUGAAUUCAGAUGAUUCGCAGCCGAGUUCAGAGGAGGGUGAGCCUGAAAAAAAAAGGAGACAUUCCGAGGGUUACACAUCAAAUCAGCUGAGUGGGUCAAAAACACACUACCAGAACCUAAAAAGCUACACCAACGCUAAGCUUUUACACCUCGGGAAGACGCUUCUGGCAUACAACACGCACGAAAGCCACAAGUACGCCCUGGAAAUCGCAAGCAUAUUCCUCAACGGAAUACCGCCCGAAGGUUACGUGCCGGAAGACCUGUUUACCCACUUCAAAAAGGAGCCAACUGAAAAACUGUUCAAGAGGUUCUUGUCAAUCACGGCCACGACCACGCCGCACUUGAGAGCCUCGGUACUGGAACACUCAGUACGCCUGUUGGCAGUCAAGGACGAUAUCGCAGGAAUAGCGGACGAAGUGACCAGGCGCUGCAACGAGUGGAACCUGGAGAAACACGAGUUGGCCAAGCAUUACAAAUGGGCCGUUAAGCACAUGGACGUGCUGACGAACUUUAACCCAAAGAACAUCACAUCAGAUUUUACAGUUGAACUCGAAAACGUGCUCGUUACAUAUUUGGAGCGGCUGAGGCUGCCAAAUAAGAAUUUAAUCGGCCUCUACUGCCAAAUUCAGGGUAAAAAGUCGCUCGAACUGCUAAACAAGUACAUCCGGAGCUUCCCCUCAAUCUACUUUCUAAGGUUCAACAGGCUGAAGAUAAUACUGUCGACCGAAGAGGAUUUAAUUAAAUUUGUUACGCUUUCAGGGUACUCCUCGGUGAGUGUUGAGUUUCUAAACUGCUUCAAGCACAUGGUUUCCCCAGAUAAACUGGUCCUGCUUCUUUUCGACCUCGUGCUGGCGAUACCUUAUUUGAAGAGGAACUGGGCGAUUCUUCACGAAGUGAUUUCCGGUGAGAGUAGGGAGGUCUCUGAGGCCCUGGAGUCUAUCAAAAGGUCCGAACUCGUGAACAUGUUCAACGUCCACGGAAACAUUGGACGUAGACUCCCUCAGGACUGCGUGGAGCCGUACCUCAGGGUCGCCUCGGUUCUCGUUGACCCUCCGCACCUGGAACUGCUCAGGCUCCAGCUCACUCACUAA